UUGUGCAUGACCUUUUUAAUUUUAUGUCCAAUAGGUCCUUAAAGUUUAAAAAUAUCUAAUAGGCCCUUUGAAUUUUCAAUUUGGUGUCUAAUAGACUCUAAUUCCCUUCUAAAAACGAUAGUUUCUUUCACAUUUUUUAUGUGUUCAGACUUAAAUCAAGCAAGCUUACGCGUUAAUUGGUAUGUCAUUUCAAAUUCUAUCACGUUAACUUUUCGUUCAAAAUAUUUAUGGAUGUUUGCUCAAAGAGUAUAUUUGAAACUUUUAUAUAAGGUUAAGGGUAGUAUUGAAACUUUUUGAAAGAUAAGAGUAUUUUGAGAACAAAAGCCAAGGUUUAGGGAUAUUUUUAAGAAAAAUACUUGCUCAUCUGAUUGUUAGAUUGUUAGAGGGAUCUUGUCUUUACCACCAUUAAAUAUUUCACAGUUCAGAGAUAGAAAGGUAAAACAAACAUUUUUAAAAAAAUAGAAUGAGUUGUUAAUUUUUAAAUGAUGGUGAUGACAAAAUUUGAUCAUAACUAUUAAGGAGCUAAGUUUAUCUUUAAAAACGAUUAGAAUUUAAACCAACUCAAAAGGAUCCGUAGUUUAAAUUUUUACCCAACAUAAGAACCAACCAAAAAGAAAAAAAAAAUUUGAACAUUGAAAUUUAAGAACAUAGAGUAUAGGAUCAAAUUUGUAAUUUGCCCCAAAAAAAAAAGGGAGGGAAUUAAUUGAAUUUCCGUACAUGGGUGGUGAAUUGUGAUGCAAAGAAAGGGAAUUUGUGUGGACGGAAUGCAGAGGCAGUGUGUGGAUGCAAAUGGCGAGAAGCCAUGAGAGGACAGUGUUCCAUUUCAAACCAACCGCUUCGCCUUCAACGCACUAUUCGAAUCUCGCCCCUCUCUCUCUACAAACCCUCGAUUUUUCUUCCGGUUGCCCACUGAUUUCAUCAAUAAUGGCGGAAUCUGCCUUCUCCAACCUUCCCGAGGACGUUCUUCUCAACAUUUUCUUCAAGCUCGAAGACGAUCCCCGCAACUGGGCGCGAUUGGCCUGCGUUUCCACCAAAUUCUCCUCCACCGUCCGAAAUGUCUGCUGGAAGACCAAGUGCUCCACCGCCAUCCCUUCCCUCCUCGCCGAUCUUGUCGUCGGCGACUCUGUUCCCGCCGGCGGGUGGGCCUCGCUUCACAAGCUCGCCGUCUGCUGCCCGGGCCUCCUCCAUUCCGGUGUUCUCCUCGAGAAUUCCGAUUUCGGCCUCGAGCGCGAGCUUGGGCCCGAUGAAAAUUAUCUCGAAUUGGCCCCCUCUCAGCACCCUAAACCGGACACGGACACUCAGUUCCAGGUCAAUUCUGAUUUCUCUGCUUCUGCGUCGUCUGAUUGCGCCUGGUCUCUCUACGAUGAUUUGUAUCUCGAUACUGUGUAUAACGAUUCUGAGGCGCCCGAUGUCCCCGAUCCCCAAAUCGGGGCCACGAAAGUGGAGAAGGGUGUUUUUAUGGCGGACAGGGAAUUCUCUGCUUCCAAGAGGAGGAAGAUCUACAGGUCCAUGAGGUCGCAUUUGGCAUCUGGUGUUUGGAAUUUGAGCAGGGAGCAAGGGAACAAGCUUCUCCGUAGCCGAUUCCGAGGCGAUUGUUUGUACAUUUGUGAUUGGCCUGGAUGCGUUCAUAUUGAAGAGAAGCGGAACUACAUGCUUUUCAGAGGCAUUUUCAAGAACUUCAAGGCGUCUCAUGUUUGGAGAACGAUAAAGGAUGGUAACAGGAACAAAAUUGAUCUGAAUUGUGCGUUUUGUUCCUGUCAGGAGACUUGGGAUUUGCAUUCUGCCUUCUGUUUGAGGCGGGUUUUUGGGUACCAUGAUGAUGGAGAGCCAGUUGUUCGAGCUUAUGUCUGUGAGAAUGGCCAUGUCUCUGGAGCUUGGACGGAUCUGCCAUUGUACACUUAACUCUAACUUCUGUAGCUGCUAAGAAAAGGUAGCAGAUGAGAUGUUCUGGGGAGAAGAUAUAUAGAGGAAAGAAAAAUGCUGUUAAAGAUGGGGCAAAGCUUGGAGAGAGAGUAGAGUUGAAGGAACAACCAUGGGAAGUUGGAAGUGCAAAUGGAGCAAUACUUAAAAGAUAAGUAAAAAAAAAAAAACUUUGGUAUUUUUGUGCCUAUGAUCUUCUGUUUGUAUACGUAUUCAUUUGUUGUGGUUGGACUUGGGAGUAUUGUUUUCCCAUUACUAAUUGGAUGAAAGAUAUGCUAAAAAACUAUGUUUAGAGAUUUGUAGUGCCAACGGAACUAGGUUUGUGUAA